AUGCCUAUCUGGUCGUUGACCAAGGAGCGCAUCGAAAAGUUGCUGAAGCAGGUUGGUGACAAGGAGAUUGAGAUCGAUAACCUUAUCAAGCUCACCAAAGAGGAUCUCUGGACGAGAGAUCUCGAUGACUUCCUCAGCCAGUGGAGAUUCGAGCUUGACGAUGAGGCUAAGCGCCAAAAGAAAGUCGCGAACAUGGGUCGCCGAGGCUCCAGGAAGUUGAACAUAACUGGGGGCGUAGCAGGUCGAAAACGCAAGAUCGACUCUGACGAUGACGACUUUGAUGUUGCUCCUGUCAAAACUAAGAAGACUGCUAUGCCGAAGGAGGUCGGAGGCUUGCUUUCUUACAUGAUGCCGGACACCAAGACUAAGAUGUCGCCAAAAUCGAAGGCUAAAGCCCCGACAGUCACGCAAAAGGCUGCGAAGAAUGCCCUGGAUCUGAUAUCAGCACCAGCUAAGGAAGAAGACAAGGGCGAUGUCUGGAUGAAUCUGGACGGGGCAGGCUCGGAUGUGCCGAAGGAAACCAAGCCCAGAGCAGCUCCUCAAAAGACGGCUCCUCCAGUAAAGAAAGCGGUACCAGCGCCCAAGAAGAUCGACUCUGAUGAGGAUGAUGAAGCGGCGGACGAAGAGAUCAUACGUCCUACCGCUGGCCGUAGGCCUCGUGGUGCAGCUGCGAAGCUUGUCUCAUACAAUGUUGAUGGUUCGGACUCUGACGGCGAUGGUAUGCUCUUCGAUGUUGGUAAGAUGGUCAAAGGUAUCGAUACAGCCUCCGCACCUGCAGACAAAUCUCGGCCCCUAUUUUCAGCGUCGAUGUCUCGUCCCGGCAGCAGUGCAGGCCUCCCAAAGAGGUCCACCUCUUCAAAGCCCGCUAUCGAUAUCGAUAGUGACGAUACUAAUUAUUCCAAGCUUGCUCCUCCUACCGCGAAGAAAGGACCAGCCGUCACCGCGAGGAAGACGAUCCUCUCUGAUGACGACGAGGACUCCUUGGACGACAUCAUAGCGGCCCCUCCCAAAGCGUCCAAGCCAGCUCCAAAGGCCGCUGUCAAUCCCGGUCCUAAGGGCAAAGCCGUAGCGAAGAAGCCGACCAAAGGGGCUGCUCCCCCUCCCCCAGAAGCCAAGAAGUUGCCGUUGAGCCCUGCAGCGAAAGCUUAUGCAGCGAAGAAAGCCAAGGCAGAAAAGGCCGCGCUAAAAGCUAACAGUCCGUCAGAAGACGAACUGGAAGGUCUGGCAAAUGAGAUCAUGGAUGAUGAUGACGAUGAUGAGGAUGCAGGUCCGGCUGUGCGUCGACCAGCGCGGCGUGCAGCUUCUGCUGCGCCGAAGAAGAAAUGGGUUAUUUCCGAUGACGAGGACGAGCUUGAGGACGAGCUUGAGGAGAGCACGAUGCAAUUUGGUGACGGGGAUAGCGAUGAUUGA